AUGGCCACCCCAGAGUCCCAGGUCAUGAGGCAACGCAAGCGCAGCGACUAUGGCUUCCACCAAGUACACCAGACCCGAUGGUUUGAUAACGAUAUGUAUGCACACCUCAACAACGCAGUGUACACCCACCUGUUCGACACAAUCGCGAAUACGUACUUGAUCCAACACUGCGGCAUGGAUCCCUUUAGUGUGAACAACCCAACUCCAGCGCCAACUCACGGACAGCCGUCCCAUUUCCCCUCCCCAUCGAAUUUGACAGCUGGUACAGACCAAAUUGGGUUGAUUGUCUCGACACAGGCGCACUUCUUCGCCUCGGUGCGCUUCCCGGAUCUGCUGGAGGUCGGGCUGCGCGUUAAUAGGCUUAGCAAAUCUAGCGUUACCUGGGAAGUGGGUAUUUUCCGUAAGGGUGAGGAGGAUGUUAAGAUGGUUGGGACUUAUACACAUGUUUUUGUGUUGAGGAAGACCAUGCGGGUUGGGAAGAUGGGGAUGGAGGAGCGGACCAGGCAGGGCUUGAAGAAGUUGCUUGUUAGAGCUGAGGCGAAAUUGUGA